AUGGCUGCAAAUCGUGAGUUUUCGUUGCUUUUAUAUAUUUUUAUCCAGGAAAACGAAAAGUUCAGGUAGCACAGACGUACAGCUUAGGAGGAGUUUCCAAGGUAAAGUUAAAGUAUUUAUUUUUCAACAAAAGUAUUGAUAGGGAAUCCGGAGGUGAAAAAAUUGGUUCACACUGAGUUGACGCGUUUGACGACGGAGCAGAAGCAACUCAUCCAGGAAACGUUUGCUGAAAUCGCCAAGGCACCUGUGAAAAAUGGACUCAUCCUGUUUGCCAGGUAACAUAUAACAUUAGAAAAAAUUGAAAACCCUCGUAAAACCCUUUAAAAACUAACUGAGAAUUUAUCAAGUAAUAUUGAACCAAAAAUUUCUCGGAAUUCAAAAAAAAGGUUCACUGAUACGAUAAAACUUCUCGGACCUUGGUAACAUGAACCGGCGUCUCUCAAGUAAUCCCUUAAGGGGGCUUAAUUCGCUAAAGGUACCCCUAAAAAGCUCAUACACGUCCGGUUUGCGUGUCCAAACUCAUCCUCUUUGCCAGGUAACUUUAUAUAACUUUAAAAAACUUGACAGCCUCUUAAAAAAUUAACUGAAAACUUAUGAGGUAAUAUUUUAAUAACUUUGAAAACCCAAAAUUCCUCGAAACUUGUAAAAAAGGUUCCCUGAUACGAUAAGACUACUCUGAAUUCGGUAACGCAAACCGGCCGCGCCUGGGUGUUUCAAGUGACCCCUUAAGGGGGCUGACACCGCUAAAGGUACCCCUAAAAGCUCAAAAACGUCCGGUUUGCGUGCCCGGACUCAUUUUCUUUGCCAGGUAACAUUAUAACUUAAAAAAACUUGAAAACUCUUGUGGGUACCCUUAAAAACUAACUGAAAACGUAUCAAGUAACCUCGGACCUGGAUAACGAAAAUCCGGAAGCGCCUGGACGUUUCAAGUAGUCACUUAAGGAGGCUGAAAUCGCUAAAGGGACCAUUAAAAAGCUCGAAACCGUCCGAGGCUCGUCCGGUUUGCGUCACCAAAAUCAGAAUUUUUCAAAUUUUAGGUACUUCUCCGAGUUUCCACACUACAAGAACAUUUGGCCACAGUUCCGCGCGAUUCCCGACAGUUCCUUGAUCGUUUCGGAUCAAUUAAGAAAUCACGCCUCUGUGUACAUGUCCGGCCUUAAAGUGAGCAAUACUAGGCAAUAAAAAUUCCCAAGAAUUUCCAGGAAAUCGUUGAAAAAAUGGACGAUGAUGAGAUUUUGGUCAAUCUCACGGCCAGGAUCGCGAUAAGUCACGUCAAAUGGACAAUUAGCAAGCAGCAUAUCACGGUUUUGAGAUACUUUUUUAGGAAUUUCAAUGGCUUAGGCAGAAAAAUGCACUCAUUUAGAGAACAAUGGUGACAUGAAGAGACGACUGAGAAGUCAGAGUUUCUGUCUUCUCUGGCGUCUCUUCAGCCCUCUCCUGCUACUGACCCACUUCCAGAACAUGAUACCUGGCCUGAUGGACGUCCUGAAGACGUGCCUAGGUGACAGAUACAAUCAAGAAGUCGUCGACGCUUGGACCACGUUUUAUGACGUCAUCGGAAAUGUUUUGAAUAUUCAGAAGGCCUUCGUUCCUCGGCGUUACCCUUAA